AUUCGGGCCGUUUUUUUCUAAACUCUUCUCCACAAACAUCCACAACAUGUUCUCGUUGUCCAGAAGAGCCUUCGUGGCCGCAAAGCCCGUGUCUAGCUCCGUAGCAAGGGCCGUAGCUGUUCGUUACAUAAGCUCCAAAGACUUGACUCCCAAGGCUUUACCUACAGACUUCCCAUUAAUGUCAGAAAAAACUGCCUCCAGUCCCAUCGACUACGCCUUGACGUCGUUGGACUCGAUUGCUAACUGGGCCAGAAAGUCGUCAUUCUGGCCAGUGACUUUCGGUUUGGCUUGUUGUGCUGUGGAAAUGAUGCACGUCUCCACUCCCAGAUACGAUCAGGAUAGAUUGGGUAUUAUUUUCAGAGCAUCGCCACGUCAGUCCGAUAUCAUGAUUGUAGCCGGAACUGUCACCAAUAAGAUGGCCCCAGCCUUGAGACAAGUGUACGAUCAAAUGCCAGACCCAAGAUGGGUCAUCUCCAUGGGCUCGUGUGCCAAUGGUGGAGGCUACUACCACUACUCAUAUUCCGUUGUCAGAGGCUGUGAUAGAAUCGUCCCUGUGGACAUUUACGUUCCAGGUUGUCCUCCUACUGCUGAAGCAUUGAUGUACGGUGUUUUCCAGUUACAGAAGAAGAUGAUGAAGACCAGAAUCACCAGAUUGUGGUACAGAUCGUAGAGAAGAGAUUGUAUGAAGAAUGAGGAUUAUGUGAAUGACUAAAAUUAAAAAUUAGAUUGCUAAAUUGUAUACAUUUUGGCAAUCGAUUUAGUGGAUAUUGGAUGUUGUUCUGAUCAUUAACGAUAACUUUCAUAUCCAUAGUCAUGUUGUUGACAUUUAACAUAUUCGCGAAUAUUGUUAUCCAUGCGAUAUUCUGAUUCUCAUUUAUAUUCCUAUUAGUCACUACCCUACACUCAUAGAUAUCAUAGUUCACUGUCAAGGUGAGCAACAGUUUCACUUCCGAUAGUAGCCGUGUGCAACUAUCACCAUUUUCCUUGCAUUGUAUUCUAUACACUUUUUAUACGUUUAAUAUAUUCAUAGUC